AAAGAAGAAAAUCAAAAUUUGCUUGAAUUUUAGGGAGUACUAUCAUAAAUAACCUUAAAUUUUAUACUUAUCCAAUAGUAAAAAGAAAAACAAAAGGUGAUAUAUAGAACAAUGAUGAACGGUGAUAGCUUACAUCACUGACAAGUAACAACUUGCUCUACUCCUCAGUCACUCGUUCACUCAUCACAUUGACCAAAAUGUCGGAAGCUCUAAUCCAAAUCGGAGUAGUCGGAUGCGCCGACAUAGCCCGAAAGGUUUCCCGCGCCAUAAAUCUAGCCCCCAACGCCACCAUCUGCGCCGUCGCCAGCCGCUCACACGACAAAGCCUCCGCUUUCGCCGCCGCCAACGGCUACCCUCUAACUGCCAAAAUUUACGGCAACUACGAAGCUCUACUACAGGAUCCAGAUGUCGACGCUGUAUACAUGCCUCUUCCCACAAGCCUCCACCUUCGCUGGGCUGUUCUCGCCGCCCAGAACAAGAAGCAUUUGCUCCUCGAGAAGCCCGUCGCUCUGGACGUUGCUGAGUUCGAUCAAAUUGCAGAAGCCUGUGAAUCUAACGGCGUGCAGUUCAUGGAUAAUACUAUGUGGGUUCAUAACCCCAGAACUGCUUCAAUGGCCAACUUCCUCAACGAUGCAAACCGUUUCGGCAACCUCAAAUCGAUUCGCGCCUGUUUUACAUUUGCUGCAGAUUCUGAAUAUCUACAGAAAAACAUUCGUGUGAAGUCUGAUCUUGAUGCACAUGGUUCUCUAGGUGAUGCUGGUUGGUAUUGCAUUCGCGCAAUCCUAAUAGCUUCCAACUACGAAUUACCGAAAACAGUUAUUGCUUCACACAAACCGGUUCUUAACAAAGAUGGAGUUAUAUUGGAUUGUGGUGCAUCCCUAUAUUGGGAAGAUGGAAGAGUAGCAACAUUUCAUUGUUCUUUCUUGGCGAAUUUGACAAUGGAUAUAACAGCUAUGGGAACGAAAGGAACUCUUCAUGUUCAUGAUUUUAUUAUUCCUUAUGAAGAGAAAGAAGCUUCUUAUUAUGUUGGUACUGAGAGUAGCUUUGAUGAUCUUGUUACUUGUUGGGCUAGACAGCCUAGUAAGUGUACUGUUAAAACUGAUCUUCCUCAGGAGGCUCUUUUGGUUAAGGAGUUUGCUCGUUUGGUUGGUGAGAUUAAGUAUAGAAACGCGAAACCUGAGAAGAAGUGGGGUGUGAUUAGUAGGAAAACACAGCUAGUGUUGGAUGCUGUGAAGGCUUCGAUUCAUACAGGUUUUGAGGCUGUUGAGAUUCAGGAGUGAGGCAAUGUGCCUAUAGUGUAAUCUGCUCAAUUGACAUCUUUUGUUUAUCUGUUAAAUGUUAAUCCAUUCAAAAUAAAAAUUACGUUGUGUGCAUUUGUGAGUUGUACAUUUCUUUACCAUUCCAAAUAAAAAUUACAUUGUAGUCAAUUUCUUCAUCUUAGGUUCUUUAAAUAUGGAAUAUUGGGGAUUGGGAUUUAGAUUUCAUCAUGAAUAUUGAGGUAGAGGCUGAUUAAGAGUUAGAU